AUGCAGCCAAGCGUAGUUGCAAUUCGUCAAGGAACGAGCCUGAACGCGCGCUUCAAAGUGAAAGCAGGUGAAGUAGUCGGUGUGAAGAAGCUGUUUCCCGGAUGGUUAAUGGAGACGACGACGACGAUGGCCGCUGGCGUUGCCGCUGUCCGGUUCACUUUCGAUCAAAACGGACACGAUCGGUACCACGGCCUGUUCGGUCAUCAGCACUGGUCAACCGACCCAUCUCGGCUUGAAUAUCAAUCGCUGGAUUGCUGCUGUAUGAGCAGUCGCCGAAAGGCCAACCCGACACGUUUGAGCGAAUCAGAACUUGGCGACGUUGUGCAGAUACCUUCAACAUCGGAGCAGAGUUCGGCCAGAAUGAUCGAGCACCUUGAGGUUCACUCGAAGGACCGUCAUAUCAUGGCCACCGACGAGGACAUGGAUAGUUCACCUAACCCAGCAGCAUCCCCUCCGGCAGCUUCUAUAAAGAGUAGCGCUAGUAGCACCUCGGAGCAUACCAGCACGUCCGCCACCACAGGUGUAACUGAUUAUCCUGACAUUCUUGCUCAAACAGAACAGGGUUGUACUGUUCUGAUUGACGGAAAUACCCUCAGGGAGUUGCUAAAUUCGCUCGAAUCACACGACGGAAAGCUUGACCUCAUUCAGAACGUUAUUCGACAGUUGACAACCCUGAAAGAGCGACUGUCAAGCGAGGAGCUUUCCAAGGAAGACAAAGAAGAACAAAUAGACGCUUUCAUCAAAGAAGAUACAACAAAUCAGAAAAUGCAGUCCGAUACGUUCGAUGACAUGCUACUUCGGCAACAGAUGUUGAUUCAUCAACAAAAUCAGCAGCGAAUCUUGGCAAUGAUGGCUCAACCGAAUUUUUCACUGCUUUUUCCAGGAGCUCCGUAUGAGCAUUUGCUGGGAAACGGUAUCAUUGGCGCUGGAAUGCCUUCCAUAUUGCAGCAGAACCUAGCAGCGUCUUUGGCUGUCUCUACACCAAAACCGAAGCCAGAAAAGGUCCCGGAUUGUCCCCUCAACUUGACGAAGGUAAAAACCGAGGAAAUCAGCAAGCCGAGCCCGGUGAUUCCCGCGAUGUCGACGUCUCCGCUUACUUCAUCAAAUAUUCUUGGUAGAAUUCCGUUUGGGAUGCCGCAUAAUUUCGCCUCAGACUCAUCUGCAUUCACUAACCAUUCGCCAGCUUCUUCUGGUAAAAGCACACCUGGAAAUGCCUCGAUUCUUUCUUCAAUGGAACCUCCCGCAGCUAUUCGAGCUCAAGCAAAGUCGCCUAAUCAUAUCAAACGACCUAUGAAUGCGUUUAUGGUGUGGGCACGCGAUGAAAGAAGAAAGAUUCUCAAAGCUCAUCCCGACAUGCAUAAUAGCAAUAUUAGCAAGAUUCUAGGAAAUCGAUGGAAAUCAAUGAGUAACUCCGAGAAGCAGCCCUACUACGAAGAACAGUCACGUUUAAGCAAAUUACAUAUGGAACAACAUCCUGACUACCGUUAUAGACCGCGACCAAAGAGGACUUGUCUCGUUGAUGGUAAAAAGGUUCGCAUAAACGAGUACAAGACCAUGAUGAAGAAGAAAGAGCCAAACUGGCCAGAGGAUCAGUCGAUCUCUCCCACGUCACAGCGCUUCUGGCGGACUUCGCUCAUCAUCAUCAAUCACACAUGCUACAGACUGCGGAAUAGCAUUCCUCAGAAAGCUGAGGAGUUUAGUGAUGACCUACCACAGCUGCAGUGCUGA